AUGAGAUAUGCCUGGCUCCCUGUAUGCCACCCGGCAACUUCAAUCCGGCCAGUGGAUUGGCGGAGGCGGGCGGCGUACGAGGAGCCAAGCAUGCCGUUGACCACCAUAGUCAACCACUUUCCUGCCAUAUUCCACCUCGAUUCUUUAAUUUCCGGCAGAUCAUCUCAUCAGCAGGAGCCCCCCUCCGUUGCCCUUCCUCCCCUGCCGUCCAUAGCACCACCCUCUCAUGCGCCCUCGCCGGAGAAACGCUGCACCGCCGGUCUCCAACGCGGAGACUUAGAAGUUGGAGACGCUGGCCUAGUCGAAACUCUCGGUCAAGCUCACGCGAAGACUAAGAAGUUGACCUCGCUUGGCGCGUCGCACUCAUUCUCCACCACUCUCGACGUCGGCGGCUCGUCCAGGCUCGGUUUGCUCGCAUACCGCCGCCGCGUUGAAUAUUGGAACCUCGUCUAG